UUAACUAUUAUUCACAAACAAUUCUGGAUUUAUUCUAGAUUUGUUUUAGUUUAUUAAACUUCUCUAUGAGUUAUUUGUUUUUUUUUCCCCCUAUUAUAUAAAAUAGCUUCCAACUUCUCACAAAUCCCUCCCAUUAGUUAGCUUUUCGAAUUAUUUUUUGUGAGAGUACAAUUUUUGUUGACUUAAAGUUUUGGAUUAUUUUUAUUGCGUGAAUGUUGUAUAUUUUUUGUGAGAAGUAGAAAUCACUGAAAUGAGCAAUAACAAUCUACUUGAAUAAUGGACGUGGAUCCAGGAAUUAUUUGCUAUCAACAUUGCCACGCAAAAAAGAAAAUAUUUUCUUUUAUUUUUCAUGACGUGUGUGAUUUGUGUCAUGCAGAUAUUUCUGAUGUUGAACUGAGAGUUCCUCCCUUUCGCAUACCUUAUCCAUUCAAAGGUGCUUCUCACGAGUUUAACUCCGUUGUUAUUAAACCUUCUGUUGGGGAUUUUUUAAAUUCUUAUGAGAAUUCAUCUGAUCUUCACAUUGGUGUUACAGAUACAAAUGGCUGUGUCUUUGAGUAUAACUACAGUGGUAAAUUAAAGAGUAAUGGAAAAGACUGGAAGCAAUGUAUUGCCAUAAAAUUAUCUUCCAACAAAAGCUCCUCAUUUCAGCGCUAUUGGGAUGAAGUUUUAAACGAAACAUUUGAACAAGAAUGUUGGACACCUCAACGGUAUGACAGUGAAAACUAUAAUUGCUACACUUUUGUUUUGACGUUUUUAAGAAGACUAAAAAUGGAUGAUCUUAGCCCAUUUAUUGCAGAUAAAUAUUCAUUUUGUCAACAUUAUGUUUCCCCUCAAGCACGUAUUGCAGCCAAAUACAUUAGUUUAUACAGGCAAUUGAAGACAAAAUCUGUGAUAAUACAAUGAACACUUAUUUUGUUUGAUUUGUACAUUUUUUAAAAAAUACAUUUUUACUUUAGACUUAAA